CGGCGAAAAUAUCCAAAUUGACCAACACUAUUUAUUGACGACUGUCUCUUCGUCACAAAGAGAAGUUUACUCGACUUGUUUGUUUAUAUCCUUCAAUCAGUUCGAAUCAAAAUCUAAGUUUAGUGAUAGUGAAAAAAAUUAUCCCUGGCGUUCACUUCAUAAACAAGAUAGUAAUUGCUCAAUUUGUUUACACUUUGAAACAAUUCGUACCCAAGCAAAUCCUGAUUUUCAGUGUUGAUAAACAAAGAAGAGCGUUUUAUUCAUUUAUGGUCUAUUGUCCCUGUUGUUUAUUUCACAGAUAAAGAUAGUUAUCGUCAAGGUCGAAGUGUGAGAUGUCAAUAAAGAGUAACCUUAAAUAUUAUGUAUUUUUUACAUGUAUAAGUUUAAUAUGUGCCAAUUUAAAUCCAAUAAUAUUGAUUCCUGGAGACGGAGGGUGCCAAAUAGAUGCAAAAUUAAACAAAACCUCAUCGGUUCAUUACUUAUGUGAAAAACAGACUAAUGAAUAUUUCAAUAUUUGGUUGAACAUGGAACUUUUGGUCCCCUUUGUUAUAGACUGUUGGAUUGAUAAUAUGAGAUUAAUUUAUGAUAACAUAACAAGAACUACAAGUAGUGUUGAUGGAGUUCAUCUUAGGAUACCUGGUUUUGGAGGUUCUGAAACUGUGGAAUGGCUAGACCCGAGUCAUGCAGCUACUGGUUCAUAUUUCAAACCUAUUGCUGAUUUAUUAGUCAGCUUAGGGCAUACAAGAAAUGUUACAGUAAAGGGGGCUCCAUAUGAUUUCAGAAAAGCUCCAAAUGAAAAUGCUCAGUAUUUCAUUGACCUCAAGGUCUUGGUGGAAAAAACAUAUCAAGAGAAUAACAAUCAACCUGUCAUAUUGAUAGCACACUCGAUGGGAGCAUUAAUGUCCUUACACUUUUUGAAUCAGCAGGAUCAAGCCUGGAAAGAUCAACAUAUCAAAACCUUAGUUACUCUGGCUGGUGCUUGGGGGGGUAGUAUGAAAGCUAUUAAAGUUUAUGCUAUUGGUGAUGAUUUGGGCUCGUAUGCCUUGAGAGAGAGCAUUAUGAGACUUCAACAAAUAACCUCACCAAGUUUAGCUUGGCUUUUACCCUCACCCCUUUACUGGAAGAGCAACGAAGUUCUUGUUGAGACUGAUAAAAAAAAUUUCACUCUGAAUAAUUUGAAGGAGUUUUUCUAUGGUAUCUCAUAUCCUAAUGGAUGGGAGAUGAAAAGAGAUACAGAAGUUUAUCAAUUGGAUUUUAGGCCACCAGGUGUAGAGAUACACUGUAUUUAUGGUACCGGAGUAGACACUGUUGAAAGGCUCUACUACAAACCGGGUACCUGGCUGGACGGUUAUCCAUCACUUAUUAUGGGAAAUGGUGACGGAACUGUGAAUUUGAAAUCUUUGGAAGGAUGUCUUCUUUGGCAAAAUUUGCAACAGCAAAGAAUUUAUUCCGUUCCUCUUCCAAACGUUGAUCACUUAGGGAUUCUUGGAGAUGUGAAAGUCCUUCAGUAUUUAUCUAAUUUAAUUAAAACGGUAGAUAGAAACUGAAGGAGUGGGUUUUCUUCUUCCGCUGGCAAAACAAAAAUAUUUAUAUUUUUUCAACAUAGCGACUUAAUUAUACCAAAUUGAUAUGAAAAAGGUACGUAAUUGGUUUUUUGAACGUAUGGGUGAUAAUUUACAGUAAGUAGGCAAUUUUUUUUUUUAUUUUAUGGUAGGUUCAUUUUUAAUUCAAAUAUUCUUUUUUUUUUU